CCUUUACUGCAAGGAACCCUUCCUGGCAUAGUUUCAUCAAAACAACGGGCGGCUCGCCGCCAUCUUCCUUGAGGCCCAAGGAUUGGGGCCAGUUCCUUGAUCUAUUUACCGAGAAAUCAGUUAUCUAGAAAUCCUAGUCGCUAGCCAGAAAGUUCCCAGCCGGAGCCGGCGGUGUGCCGGAUCCGGAGCUGCUCGCCCGCACCGAUUGAGGACUAGCCUUGGUUGCUAACUAACUAAGAUGGCUGCUGACGACGAAAAGAAGAAGAAGAAGGAGAAGGAGGAGAAAAAGGAAAAAAAAGACAAGGAGGAUAAACCCAAGAAGGAGAAGUCGGAUAAGGAUAAGGAGAAGGGCGAUAAGAAGGAGAAGUCCGAAAAGUCCGAAAAGAAGGACAAGGAAAAGAAGGAGAAGAAGGACAAGGACGGCCCCAGCACCUCUGGCCGUCCAGCCAGCUCCCGUGCGCCACCGCCGCCCCCUGCUCGUGGGCCACCGGGGCGGGGGCCGCCAGCUGCCAAGCAGCCUGCCGCCAGCGGCAAUGACUACCUCGCGGGCAUCGACCUGCCCUCGUCAGAAGAGGAGGAGGACUUCGAGGAGCGCGGCCGCGUAGAUGAGGAGGCCACGCGCGCACCCAUUAUGGUGGGCACCAGCCGUGACAACAAGAAGCUAGCAGACAAGGAGCGAAAAGCCCUUGAAGCUGCCGUGCGGGCCAAGGAGGACGCGCUGCGGGAAGAUGACAACGUGUUUGACGUGGCGUACGAGGGCAUGGGCGACGAGGUGUCGGCCACUGCCACGGACGUCAAGGUACAAAACUUGACGAUCCGCGCCAAGGGCAAGCUGCUGCUCGAGAACGCGGCUGUCACCAUUGCUGCGGGCCGCCGGUACGGUCUCGUAGGCCCCAACGGCCGCGGCAAGUCGACGUUGUUGCGGCUGAUGGCUCGGCGACAGAUCCCGGUGCCGCUCAAUAUCGACGUGCUGCUGGUGGAGCAGGAGAUUGUGGGGGAUGAGAGGACGGCGUUGCAAGCCGUGGUGGAGGCUGACGUGGAGCUGAUGGGGUUGCGCGCGGAGGAGAAGGAGCUCAUGGAGCAGCUGCAGGACGAGGCCAAGCAGCCCGACGACUUUGACCACGACACGGCGCAGGAGCGGUUAAACGAGAUCUACGAGCGGAUGGCUCAGAUCGGUGCCGCCAGCGCCGAGAGCCGCGCCUCCAAGAUCCUUCACGGUCUGGGCUUCACGGAAGCCAUGCAGCGGCGGUCAACGCAGUCCUUCAGUGGUGGCUGGCGCAUGCGCAUCUCCCUCGCCCGCGCGCUGUACAUCCAGCCCACGCUGCUGCUGCUGGACGAGCCCACCAACCACCUGGACCUGCGCGCCGUGCUGUGGCUGGAGGAGUACCUGAUGCGCUGGAAGAAGACGCUCAUCGUGGUGUCGCACGACCGCGACUUCCUCAACUCGGUCACCACCGACAUCAUCCACCUGCACGACAACAAGCUGCACCAGUACCGAGGCAACUUUGCGCAGUUUGAGGAGAUGUACGAGCAGAAGCGCCGGGAAGUGAACAAGGCGUACGAGAAGUACGAGAAGCAGCUCAAGGCGGCCAAGAGCGGGGGCGGCAAGGACGCCAAGGCCAAGGCGGAGAAGGUCACCAGCAACGCCACAAAGAGCCAGGCUAAGCGGCGCGGCGGUGCAGCCGACGACGGCGCCUCCAGCUCUGCUGCCUCCGCCCCGCAGCGCUGGUCGGACUACACGGUGGAGUUCCACUUCCCCGAGCCCACGGAGCUGCCGCCGCCGCUCAUCCAGCUGAUUGACGUGGACUUCAAGUACCCGGGCAGGGACGACUUCGGGUUGCAGGGUGUCAACAUGGGUGUGGACAUGGGCUCACGCGUUGCCAUCGUGGGUCCCAACGGCGCCGGUAAGACGACGCUCAUGAACCUGCUCUCGGGCGACAUCUCCCCCGUCAACGGCGAGUCGCGGCGGAGUCACAAGCUGCGCAUCGGCCGGUACGCGCAGCACUUUGUGGACGCGCUGUCCAUGGACGAGAACCCCGUGGAGUACCUGCUCAGCAAGUACCCCACGGCGGGGCUGAAGCCGGAGGGCAUGCGCGCCAUGCUGGGGCGCUUCGGACUCAGCGGGCAACACCAUCUGACACCCAUUUGCAAGCUGUCGGGAGGUCAGAAGGCGCGUGUGGUGUUCACCUCCAUCGCCCUCAUGCAGCCGCACAUCCUGCUGCUGGAUGAGCCCACCAACCACUUGGACAUGCAGUCCAUCGACGCGCUGUGCGAUGCCCUCGGCGAAUUCGAAGGCGGCGUCAUUGUGAUCAGUCACGACGCGCAGCUGCUGUCGCGGCUGUGCGAGGACGAGGAGCGCAGCCAGGUGCUGGUGGUGGAGGACGGCAAGAUUCGGCAGUACGCGGGCGACUUUGAGGACUACCGCGCGGAGCUCAUCCGUGAGAUCACCGCGGAGCUGGAUGAGGAGUAGGCGGCGGUGCUGCGGCGGUGCUUGACAGGCGGGGGGGGGGCCGCUGGCUGGCUUGGUUGCUGCAUGGGUUGCGGCUGGAUGUAGUAUUAGGAAUGCGCAUGUGUGCAGGCACAUGCUAGUGCAGGUUGCCUGCUGGGAGUAGGGGCGCAGAGUAGAAGCAGAGCCAGGGAGGUCCCCUGAUGUCUUGACAUGGCAACAACCCUAGACGUGGGGACAUUACUGAGUGAAUAGGCAAUAGGCAGGAACGGCAUGUGGUGACGUCGUGGGUCUGCUUGCGGAAGCAGUACACCUUCAGUUGCGUUCUACACAGGUCGUGGCGUUAUGUAGCCGCUUCGUUGGCGGCACCUUGACUAAGAGAAGACACGACAGCUAUCCGACAGCAGGCGUUUUGGAGUUCACCUGACGUUGACCAUAUUAUUUACCGAGAGUGGAAUUGCAUGAACUGAUUACACAUUAAGAGUGAUGUGAUUGCAUUGGCAAGUCUGUUAAGACCGUCAGUACAGACGAGAGUGGUGGAUAGUGGUAGAGGAGUUAACGUGUCGUCGUGGGCGAUUCCCCGACGCACAUGUUGCUGUCUUGCUAUCGGGCACGACACAUGCACAACUCGAGUAUGCAAACGUGUUUGCGCUUGGCACAGUGGACGUGUAAGGCUGAUGAGGAUGAUGCGGCUG